GUGCUCGCCGUUGCUACCGGUGACGGUAACGUGCGCGUUGGCCUUCUGAGCUGUCAGACAGACGCCGUGGCGCGCGGGUCCGGAGAGUCUGCGGGCUGAAGACGAGCACGUGUCUGGGCGUGCGUGUCACCGUCCCGGGACAUCAGGAAGCCCCCCCGUCCCCCCUCCCGGGCAUGUGGACCUGCGAUCUCCUUGAAUGACCUACAGGGCGGUCCACGGCACGCGCAGCGGGCGUCGGAUCACGGCGGCCGAACACCCCCGAGUUUGCAGCCCUCCGUGGGAGCGUGAGAAUAACCCGAGGUUGCGGGGCGACCCUGCAGCCCCCGAACCGGGACACCGACCCGAAACACGCGUGGGAGCAGGUCUGCCGGUCAGAAUCUGGAUCCGGGACACGAGCGGCUUCCUGCAGGUUCCGGGUCUGGCAUGAUGUACACCAUCAGCAGAGGUCCCAGCAAACUCGUUACCCAACGGAGGACAGGUCCCACGCAGCAGGUCGACAGCAAAUCCGGCGACUCGAAGAUCAAGCCGACGUCCUGGCUCGCGUCCAGCUCUCCAGCCCCAAAAAUAGUCUUCAACCGUCUGAAUGGGAGACGCCACAGUUGCGCGGUUCCUAAGAAGAGCCAGGGCGCCGCUGAGGGAUUCACGGCUGCACACGAGGAGAACGUCAGAUUCGUUCACGAAGUGUGGCAGGAGGUGGAACAGAAGCUGGAGGACAGAAGGGAGACGUCUGACCAUCACGGACCUGUUCAGUACACGGAGAAGACCCCCAGUGCUGUGAUGAAGAACUUUGUGCCUAUAGACCUGGAGGAGUGGUGGGCUCAGCGCUUCCUGGCCAACAUCGCCAACCUGUCCUGACGACAGGAAGCUGCACAGACGACUCACAGGAAGCUGCUCCGUCCUUCCGAAAGGAAGGACAGGUUUGGUCCCGGUCUCCAGGAUCCAAGAGCGUUUGAUGGCGAAGCGAGAUGUGGCUGCGUGACGGAGAACUGCCCCCCAAACCUGACUGUGGACUCUGAGCGCAGGGACUUCAGAGUGCGAGGAAUCGCUUGACCGCUGGGACGAGGAGCGGACAUUCUUCUAGUUUCCUAGCUUCAGCCUGAUGUGCAUCCUGGCUAAUGUUUGGAUAAAACACCAACAAGAGCAAAACAGUAAAAGGUUUUUUGUUAAACCCUC